AUGGAGAGAACUCCAUCGGCUUGUGCGAUGCAGUGGAGCAUUGACCUUGAAAAGGGCCUCCGUUCUAAUAAACCUGGUAAAUCUGCAGAAGCCAUACUAGAUAUUGGGCCAAAACUUGAGUGGUGGAGUAGAGAGUCAAAUCUUAGUGCUGCUGAGUACAAAGUAUUCGGCUUAAUUCCUGGGGAGGAUAAGCUAUUUGCAAAUACUAUCCUCCUUAGGCUUGCAGAUGCAUUUAAGUCAGGGGAUAAACAUAUGAAGCUUUGCAUUGUGAAGAUUUUCUUGUCCGAGCUCAAGCAGAGGAGGCGAUUGAGGAGCAAGGGGAGAAAAGAUAAGGGGAUCCUUUCGAAGGAUAAAUUAGAUAGCUAUAGAGAACUUCUAAGUAGAAUAAAGAUAGUAUUCGACACUGGAGACAUUGAAGAGAGAGCAUUGGCUUUAGCUCUAUUUGGUUGUUGGGCUCAUAUUGCAAAAGAUAGUGCUGAUGUAAGAUACCUCAUCCUUUCAAGCUUGGUGUCUAUGCAUGUUCUGGAGUCUGCUCCCUUAGAGCUAACUCCUUCUAGCUGUGCAUUUGUGAUAAAUGCAACUAUGCAAGUAACACAAACUGGAGAGUUUUAUAUUCAGAGUGUUUUAGCUGAAUACUCACAUGCUGCAAAGGCUUCUUUGUUUGCAGCUGGAUGCUUUUCUGAAUUGGCGAACGACUUUGCUUAUGUAUUUCUGGAAAUGCUUGGAGGUCUGCUGAUGUCAUCUGAAACAUCAAGGGUUAUAAGGUUAGCAGGAGGACGUGCUUUUGCUAAAAUGUGGUGCUCACUUGUACUAGCGGAUAGAGCUCAUAAGGCCCCUUAUCCUUCUUUCCCUUUUCGUUUUGCUCCAAAAGUGCUUGCUUUUCGAACAAAACAUUUUUCAGAAACCAUACUGUUAACAGUCAUAGAGACGGCAACCUUAUGCAUGACUGGUAUGAAGCUUAUCCUAGAAUCUUCAGAAGAAGACUUCUCGUUGGUGAUGCUAGUUUCACUUUCCAAAAUUGCUUCUAAAUGGACAUCUUUAAUUCCUAUACAGGUGGAACUACUUUUCUCAUUUAUGGCAAAGGACAGAGGUUUGAGCCUGCAAGCUUUGGCAUUAAAAUGCCUCCAUUUCAUUUUAGCCAAAGGAAUUUAUCACUUCCAUGCCAGUUCAAAUGUGACUCUAAAGUUGUUUGGUGUCAUAAAUCAGUCUGAUUUUCCACCAGCUUUACAGUUUGAAGCUCUAAGAGCUUUAUACAAGAUGCCGCUGCCCAACCUGGAGACAAUUCCAUGCACAGAGAUCCUCACUAGUUUCUCCAAGUUCUUACAAAUUGUUGAGUUCAAACUACAUUCUUCAAUUAUCUCAGAGAGGCUUUUCUCUGUUCAUGUAUUAGCUAGUAUUUUUUACAAGCUUUUAGGAAUACCGAAAGAUGCAGCUGGUGGAAUUGGUUCAAUUGUUGCAUCUCGCAUGAUUACUUUCACCAUCGAUCGUAUCUCCCAACUAAUAAAGUUAGUGGUUGAUAAUCCUCAUCCAAACAAAGAGGCGGAGCAGGAGGUAAAGAGUUUACUCUUUAUUUUAGUUAAUCUGGUCGAAAGACAUCGAGAUCUCUCUGGUAUUGUACUGGAUAAGAUCUGUAUAGUUAUCGAACAUCUGGUACGCAUGCUCAAUGAAGUUACCAGCAUGGAGAAUUCAGGCUCAGAAGAUCAUCAUAUGACAGAGCUCGACAAAGAGGACCAUACAUCAACUGCAUCGAGAGUUUUGGUUUGUUUAUCCCAGAUUCUGAUAACUUGCUUUGAAAUGCUGGAAGUUUCCACUGCUGGUGCCACCCAAGUCUUUAACAGAAUGGAGCAUUUGGUUGAGCAUGUGCACCGGUGCAGCUUACUUCCUGUUUACAUCCGCGUAAUAUAUCACUUUUUAUUGCACUACCAUGCUGGAUAUCACUGUAUGUGGCUGAAGAUAGGGGAAGAUACGGUUUCUAAUAGAAAUUUUCGUCUAUCUCGUUGUAGUUCUCUCUCAGCUUAUGGUUCCCUAUCCCAGAAUGAAAGUCUCAUUAUUGACUGUGUGAAGGAAAUUUUGGAUAAAAAAGACUAUUGGUCGUCUUAUAAGCUUGGAAAAUAUUCGGCAUGUCAUGGCGCAUGGUUGGUAGCUGCUUACAUAUUUGGGGAUCUAAUUCCUAUGGUUCGAUCUGAUAUCUGUUGUUUGUGGUUGAAAUCCUUAUCCCAUCUUUCAGAAUUAGAAAGGCAAGUCCAGUUGUUCAGGCUUACUCUUUCUGGAAAUACUGCCGGGGAAACUACGACAGUUAAUCAAAUUGAAAAUGUUGUUGGGGCCUCCAACAAACUUUGUUCUUUAGAGGAAGCUUUUGGUACCUCUGUUUCUGGUCGUGCUUUUAGUUUCCAGAGAUGGUUUAUUACUAUAAGAUCAAAGGUUGUUGGAACGGUAGCAGAUGUACUUAAAUUAUUGAGCACAAAUUCAUUUUCAGAAGAAGCAUCCAGAAGUACUGAACGACUAGGGGAAAGGAUUUUGGUUCAACAGUCGGAAUCUUCACAAGGACUCAGCUCUUUGUUGCAAUUGCUUGCCCACGCUUCUUCUCAGCUCAUGAGGCUAGCAAGAGAAUUUGAUCUCUUAGGAGCGUCAUUCAUUGGCAUGGACAGAAAAAGUAUGAAGAUAGUUUCUGAUUUUGGAUUAGGUUGUUCACUAUUAGCCUUUAGUACUGGAUUAACAUUUCUUUUUGUCAGUUCCCAUGGUAAACAAGAUUGUAGUAUUUAUGGUCUUGAAACCUCAGAGGAGCAAUUUCAUACUCUGCUGGUUCAUGAUUUAUUAAGGAGACUGGGCUAUAUAGACUUGGAGACUAGCAAAAAUUUACGGCAGCUUUUGGAUUUCCGUCGAAGUUCUAGGAGCUGUUCCAUGCAAGAAUUCCAAAAUGAAAUUUCUUCCACUAGUGUUGAAGCAAGAGAUGUUACUAAACUUUGUAGAUAUUCUGUUCAGAGAUUUCUUAGUUUGCAAGCGAGUACCGUACAUGUCAAUACUGGGGUAUCCCAAAUUCCCCGUGAUGCUUUGCAGUUGCUGUUCAACAUUAUUUUCUCGUGGAUACAGAUCCCUUUCCGGACUCCCAAACACUUUUUUCGAUUGAG